CAUAAGCGAUGAAGUUGGCAUUCGACUCGAAAACUUGCUUCUGCCGCUCAAAGACGAACUAUUAUUUCGGGAAAAAAUUGUCCUACAUCGUAUGGUUUUGACGUUACGUUAGCCGGAAAUGAAAAUAGAAAGAAAUGUUACAAACAAUGGAUGUAGAUGGCCGUGUGGGAAUGGUCGAUUGUGUUCUCUCAGAAAACAAAGAAAAAUGGCUGGAAUCUAUGAUACAAAUAAAGAACCGAGUUAUUGGUAACAAUAAACAGAAAGAUCAAAUCAUUCAUCAAGGAGUGAUUCCCAGGUUACUACAGUGGAUAAUUGACGAGGACAUCCCAGUAGAACUAAGGACAGAAUCAGCCAUUGUACUAGGCAGUCUGGCCAAGGGGACCUCAGAAAACAUCAGCUGUCUGGUAGAUUCUGGCUGUGUAGCAGUUCUACUCAAAGGGUUGUCGAGUAAUAACGUCAAGUUCAUUGAAGCCUGUUUACGAUGCUUAAGGACUAUAUUUCUUAGUGAGAAUUCUCCAUUAGACCAGAUUUAUGAGCAGGAUGUGACGGUUGUACCUCAUCUCAUUAACAUUCUGUCCAAGUCGUUUUGUACGCAGGAGUGCAUUACUACUAUCUUCAGCAACUGCUGCAAGACCGCGGAACAUCAGAAUGCCUUGAGUAGAAACGGUGCCAUUGCUGCGUUAGCCCCCCUGCUGUGUUCAUCUAGCUACAAGGUUCAGAUGCCAACACUGAAGUGCUUUGCUGUUUUAUGUUAUGAAAACGAGACAGUGUCCAAGGCUACAGCUACAGCAACAUACAAUGGAGAGUCCAUCCCCAAUCUUCUACUUCGCCUCCUGUCCAGAGACAAACCGUCAGAAAUGCAAAUGGCAGCAGCAAAGUGUUUAACAUACCUGUGUAGAGGUGGUGCCAUCCCUACCCAUUGUCCUACGAUUCAGAACAAGACGCUAUCUACACUGAUUCGAAUGUGUAAGAAGGAUCGCACACUGGAGGAGAAUGUGGAGGGAGCUGAGACCCUGGCCUAUCUAACAGAGGCGGAUGCCAAUUUACAGAACUUGGCAUCAAUUUCAGAUCACAUCAUCAAAACAUUGGCAGAUUAUCUCCGCUAUACCAGUGUACAGCAAAUCAACACCAGGUCAACCAAUAGAAAGGUUAUAAAUUGGAGUAAUGAACUGAAACAGGCAGCAUUCCGGGCUUUUGCAUCUUUAGGAGCCAAUGAUGAAGACAUCAGAAAGAAGAUAAUUGAGACUGAGAACUUGAUGGAGCAUAUUGUGGGUGGAAUGACCUGUAAUGAUGUCAAAGUUCAGAUGGGGGCCGUACGAUGUCUGCACAGUUUGUCCCGAUCCGUUCAACAGCUCCGGACUACCUUCCAGGAUCACACCGUCUGGAAACCUCUGAUGAAUUUGAUGACUAAUGGUUCUGAGGAGCUGUUGCCCGUCACCUCGUCCACUCUGUGUAAUUUGCUGUUGGAAUUCUCCCCAGGCCGGGAGAGACCCACUAGUGAAAGCGCAAGGUUGUCUGUAAAUCAGAAAAACAAAGCAUGCUUGGAGGCUGGGGCUAUCAACUUGCUAGCCAAGCUGACUGCUCGAUCAGAAGGAGAUCUAAAACUGAAUGGAAUCUGGGGACUUAUGAACAUGGCUUUCCAGGCAGACCUGUCUGUGAAGAUUCAUAUAGUGGAUACUAUCGGAACAGAGCAGCUCUUCCGACUUCUAUCCGAUCCAGAUCCGGGGGUCCUGAUGAAAACACUGGGUCUGAUACGCAACUUACUGGCAGGAAGAACGGAUAUUGAUCAUUUGAUGAAGGUCUAUGGAAGUCAAAUAAUGCAAGCUGUAGUGUUUAUCCUAGAAGGAGAUCAUGUGGUGGAGAUAAAAGAACAGACCCUGUGUAUAUUAACUAAUGUGGCAGAUGGAGAGGAAGCGAAGGAUUACAUCAUGGGAAAUGAAGACGUCCUCAAGAAACUCAAGACUUAUAUGGUGCAUACCAAUGUGAAGUUACAGGUAGCCGCCACAUCGUGUAUAUCUAAUCUAGUGUGGAAUGAACAGGAAGGGGCAUACAACAGGCAAGCAAAACUUCGAGAUCUCGGAAUUCAGAAGCUCUUACAACAACUCCUCAGUGCAAACGAUGUUCUGUUGUUUGAUAAAGUGAAAACAGCACUGCAACAGUUUACAUGAUGGACGAGAAAAUGUGGAUUAUGAGUAUGAGAAAAUAUGGGUUAUCGGUGGAUAGUGAUGGGAAGACAAAAGUUCUCCAACUGUGAUCAUAAAAGAAAAAUGCUUUCCCUUUGUACAGAAAAUCAGAACAAUGGUGGAUUGUUUUUCUUGAAUUUUAAUGAAAUUAAGAAAACGGACUUGAUUUCAUUGUGCCAUUGGACAAACACAUCAAACAAAGAUUGUGCACUGCAUUAUAUAGUAGACUUGCUGCUUGGAGAAAUGAAAGUUAAAAAUUAGAAAUAUGUAAAGUUUUGCAGCUGUAUCGAUGAAGUGCAUAAGAAAUUUUCCAUGUCUGGAUGUGUACUCUGAUCUCAUAAUGUAUUGUGAUAAUGUAUGGUGGAAUGGAAUGGUGAGAAGGCUGACUGAAGGUGGCCGGUAGGGAUGCUCUGAAACUAUGAAGUUACAGGGGAUAAGAUUGCAUAAUGUGAUCGACCUGGCAGUUGCCAUCAAGUUAUUUGCUAUGUAAAUGUAAUAUUUGUACUUAAACAUGUCAUUGGUAAAUAAAGUUUUAACCACAUGA